UUGGUUGGGUGAGCCUCAAAAUAUUCACGAUUUCACGUAACUCAAAGGAUGGAUCGAUUGUGUUGAUCGGAAGGCCUGCUAUGAAGCAUCCAAAUACUACUGGAACCACAUGGCAAGAGUUUCGGGCCACCAAGGCUAAAACGUCUCCUUUGCCAUAUCCGCAAGAGUGAAGAUGGCGUGCCCUUUCGCAAAGCACUCCUCGGCGGAUAAUUUUCAGAGGCAUCCAUCGAUUGCGGAAGCACACAAUUGGAAUUUGGAUGAGGACUUGAGUGAGCUUUCCGGAGACGCACUGACACUCACGCAUCUCAACGCUGCCAUUCAGCUGUUAACUGCUCCAUCUAACGAAAAUGUUCAUGAAGCCUAUCUUUCACUGGUUGCAAAGUACAGCAGCAGAUGGCCGGGUUUAUCAGAAAUCAAAUGUGAGCGUGAGUCACUUUCGGUCUACCCUCAUUACGAUUACCUCGCCGAUAUUCAGGAUAAACUAGGCAGAACUCAUGAAGAUGCCGUUAGUGACAUACUCGUGUGCCUGGGUGAAGAACUGAUCCACACCGGAUGCGUGGGUAUUAUCGAACGGGCAUUCAAAUGUCUCGGUUCAGAUCUGCAGGAGUUUCUGGGCUCACUGGACGGCGUGUACGAUGUGCUGAAGCUACAGGAGGAGGAUAUAUCCGACACUGGGUUCGUGUGCGCCGGUGAGGGUGAGCUAAUCUUCACGACCGAGCGACCAGUUUUGUCGUGGCUGUUACUCGGCUGCUUGAAGGCGCUCAGCCGCCUGCUGUUCAACCAGGAGCCGUUCGUUGAGCUCCAGCCACUUCACGGGGACACGCUGCAGUACCGGUACCUGCUAAGAACGGAUCCCCUGGAGAAGCCGGUUUUGCGGCUUCCCGUGGCCGUGGACGUACGCGACAGUGUUUCGUCCGAUGCGCGCGAUCUGAAAAUCAGCAAUCAAUUUUUCUGUGACGCAUUCCCAUGGCACUUCAUCAUGGACGAGCAGCUGAAUCUGGUCCAGAUGGGGCAAGCCUUUAGCCGGCUCUUCAAAAGCCACGUGAGCGCGGGAGUAGCGUUAGUGGCCAGCAUGGUUUUCCGCCUUAAGCGGCCGCGUGGGCUGCAACUUAACUUCCGCGAGAUAGUUCGGCGCACCAACACGCCGUUCAUGAUAUCGCUGCGUGCCCCGCCAGGGCUGCCAGACUUUUUCGCCAAGGGCUUGGAGAUCAAGGGGCAGAUGGUGUUCUGCCCGGAGUCUAACACUCUGCUGUUCGUUGGCUCGCCCUUUCUGGAUGGGCUGGAAGGGUUGACCUGCAACGGUCUGUUUAUAUCGGACAUACCGCUGCACGACGCUACGCGGGAGGUAAUUCUGGUCGGCGAACAGGCAAGAGCACAAGACGGAUUGCGGCGCCGGAUGGACAAGCUGAAAAGUUCAAUCGAAGAAGCGAACGCAGCCGUUAUCAAGGAACGCAAGAAGAACGUCAGCCUUCUGCAGCUGAUCUUCCCCGCCGAAAUAGCCGAGCGCCUCUGGCUUGGGGCUCAAAUCGAUGCCAAAACCUACCCGAAUGUGACCAUGCUGUUCAGUGAUAUAGUCGGCUUUACGAGUAUCUGUUCGCGCGCCACUCCCUUCAUGGUAAUCAACAUGCUGGAAAACUUGUACAAGCAUUUUGACGAACUGUGCGGGUUUUUCGACGUCUACAAAGUAGAGACAAUCGGUGACGCGUACUGCGUCGCAAGCGGUUUGCACCGAGCCAGCGAUUAUGAUGCCCAUAAGGUGGCCUGGAUGGCGCUGAGAAUGAUCGAAACGUGCACACUGUACAACACACACGACGGCCAGCAUAUCAAGAUGCGGAUUGGCAUCCAUACGGGUACGGUGUUGGCUGGUGUAGUUGGACGCAAAAUGCCCAGAUACUGCCUUUUCGGGCAUAACGUGACCAUAGCAAAUAAGUUUGAAUCCGGCAGCGAGGCUUGCAAGAUCAACAUCAGCCCCACUACCCGCGAUUGGCUAGUGAAACAGUCGGAUUAUUGCUUCGAGCUGCAAACACGAGAUAUCUCAUGCAUGCCGAAAGAAUUUACUGACUCUCGAGGCCAGACCUGCUUCUUCCUGGAAGGCUACAAACAUCCAACCCUUCCCGACGAUCGCUCACUUAAAGAGCACAUAGAGGAGGCAAUGAAGCAAACGCUUUUGGACACAAAUGAUACGACUAUUACCGUAGAUGUAGCCCAAUAAGCAUUUUCUAUCGAUAAGGGACCAGACGUUGGUGGUUUCGGAUAACUUAUUAAAACUGGGAAACUUGUAUUGAAACGUACCAAAAACACAACCCCUACAGUGGAAAAAGGCAAAUUCAAUCAGAGCAUCCCUUCCUUCCAAAUGCAUAUGAAUUUUCACAGUCCAUUCUCCUAUCAUCAAUGACCACAGUAUCAGCGCUUUGCAUUCCAUGCCUAGUUAACAAACUUGUUUUUUUGUUCAUUAUUGCUCUAUUAUGGCGCUUCGUCGAAUCUUACAGAUUAAAAACAUUUUAACGUAAGAUAAAUUCGCUUCUUUUCGAGAAUGGUAUGAAUGGAUGCAAUUUAAUAUAUAAAAGCAGAAAAUUUCCCUAAAAAGUGUUUAGAAUUGGCGAUAGCAAGGCAUUUCCAUCUAGUCCCAAGAUAUAAAUGAAGCAAACGAAAAAAUGUUGAAUGAUAAAUAACAUACAUUAGGGACUAAAUUGCCAAACCAUGUUAGUAUUCUACAGGGUAGCUGAUGUUUAUUGACUGUUUAUAUUUUGUUAAGACAACUGUUGGUUUCUUGUAGACUUUGAUACGGUUUCCGCAAUCAAGUGGCAACGUAAAACGAACUACUGAUGACCUACUCAUCACAAAUUCUGCACCAACAUAAUCAAAGUUUGUUCUCUGUGAAUGGUCAAAUAAUAUUACUCAUCACUCAUUU